AUGGCCUCUACCUACGACAGCGCCUCGGUAGUAGCCGACUGUGGCUGCACUAACGAGCACUGCAACCCCUCUGAUGACGACCUCGCUUCGCAAGAAUCGCUUCGCUCCGCACGACUCGAUCUCAUGCUUCAUUCUAGCGAGCCCAGCGUCGUCGCCCUUCAGGCCAAGCAGUCUGUUACAACUUUGCUGGACGGUCUGCCCAUCCCCCGCACUGGUGGCGCAGAACAAGAGCCUGCCAAAAAGACGGACGCAACGAAUACUGCUACCCGUCUGUAA